AGUCAGAAGCCUAAAAAGUGCAUUUCUAAAGAACAUGCCUGCUUCUCAAAGCAGAUGAUCCAAAAGCAGAUCGGCAGAGAAUAUGUGGCUGCUGUGGAGGAGAAACUCAAACAGCAUCCUCUGGCUAUGUACUCGCACUACAAGGAUCACAUGACUCCAGAGUUAUUUGAUAAGGUGGUAUCUGUUUUGGACCCAGACAUGAGCGUAAACAGUGCCUCUGCACUUCCUACGCCUACAGAAGAGUGUGCAGAGGAAUAUGAAGAUGAUAAAAACGGUACAGAGUCAAGAGAGGUGGACAUGUGCAGAGCAAAAAAGGGAACUUCUGCCAAUGAAAUCAGCCCUGAUGUCCAAAACCCAAGUCCCAGAAACUCGUAUAAUCUACAAAUGAAUGAAACUGGUAUCAAGCAAGGACGGACAAGCAAGGUAAAUCAACUGAGCAACAACGACAUGAAGUCAGCCGCCAAACUUUUCAGCAGAUGCUACGCCUCUCCGGACAAACGUUACUGAAUCUGCAAUACUGGGCAGUUUGGACAGUGACUUUCAAGACUCUUCAUCACCAACUUUUGCCUUUCAAGUGGAGAAUGCCAACAGUGUCUCAGAUCAAGAAUGAAAUCCUGUCAAAACAGGCAGAGCUGGUACGUUUCAAAAGACUGAGUCAAAUAAAGUACAAAAAGAGUAAAAUAUGUAAAAUCUUA